AACCCUUUAUGCAAUUUCAGCCCACACACUAAUGGGCCGACUCUUAGGCCCAAAAUCGAAUUUAGAGGAGUCGGCGGAAAACCCCUACUGCACCAUCGUAAAGGUUAGGGUUUUGUGUUCAAACACUAUAAAGCCAAGUAGUCUUCGCUCCCAACCAUUUUCAAAUUGUAGAUCUCAUCUCUACCCUACUCAACUCAGCUCAGACUCUUCGAAUUGAGUUCCGCAAGAUCAAAGCAAAGUUUUGGAUCUUAGAGACAGCAUUAAGAUUUCACAAUGAGUCGGCCAAUGGAAGAAGAUGUUGUCAAGACUGAGGAUGAGGAAUUUAGUACCGGACCACUUUCUGUUCUGAUGAUGAGUGUCAAAAACAACACCCAAGUGCUCAUUAAUUGUCGAAACAACAAAAAGCUUCUCGGACGGGUAAGAGCUUUUGACAGGCACUGCAACAUGGUUCUCGAAAAUGUUAAAGAAAUGUGGACCGAGGUACCGAAGACUGGGAAAGGCAAGAAGAAGGCGCAGCCAGUAAACAAAGACAGAUUCAUCAGCAAAAUGUUUUUACGCGGGGACUCGGUUAUCAUAGUGCUUAGGAAUCCCAAGUGAGGUGGAUAACUUGUUUUUGAACUUAGCCGCCCGGCGUAUGGUUACUAAUUUUCAUUAAUGACUUAAAAGACCAUAGAUCUUGUUCUGAAAGCGUCUUGAAAGGGCUGGUUGCCAUCCUUGUAGUUAGUUUGUAUGGCAUCUUCUUGAUUUGUACAUUUUGUUCAAGUAUUGAAUACCAGAGUUUUUGGGUGACUACUGUUUUCACCAUUUUCGGUA